CCGACACAGACAGCGGAGGUAACGGCGGCGGUCGCGGAUGCAGCUGAGCGGCGGCCGGCGGCGACAGGAGCCUCGAAGCGACGCGUGACGGGGGUCGCCUUGCCGGCGCAUGUGAUGGCAGUGCGGAGCGGCGGCGCGGAGCGGCGAGGUUGAGGCAGCGAGGAGCUCGGCGGCAGAAGGCGAGGGUCUUCCGCUCGGUCGAUGCCAAGCAUCCCUCCGUGAGCAAGUGGCAUGCCAGCUGGCGAGGGCACACAGCAGGUGGGGGCCCGUGGGACUGUGGAGUGCUGAGGCGCCGCUGCCACUCCCGAUCCGUCCUUCUCCUUUUGUUGCUUCGACGCGAUUUGGAUUCAGUGAAGACAAAGCCCCCCAGACAUGGGCACCGUCCUGUCCCUGUCGCCCGGCACAAGGAAAGCCAGUCUGUACGAGGACGACGCAGGGUCCCUCAGCCACUACGCCAGCGUGCAAGGCAGCAAGUCGGCUGGCAGCCAGAAGGACAGGAACGCCAAGCGGCACCCCAUGUUCAUCCCCACGCUGACUUGGAAGCGGCUGGUGGCCUCCACCAGGAAGCGGGGCACCAAGAAGGGCAGUGGUGCCCUGAACAACAACUACCAGAAGGAUGUGGCCCACCUGAACAGUGAGAACGUCAAGAAGUCCCUGUCCUGUGCCAACCUCUCCAGCUUCGACGGCCAGCCCCUGUCCAGCCCCAAGGAGGGUUCCUCUAGCAAGAAGGUCUCCUGCAGCAAGUACCCGGCGGCGGGUGGGGGCGGUGGCUCCCCGAAGCGGGUCAUCGUCCAGGCGUCCACCAGCGAGCUGCUCAAAUGCCUGGGCGAGUUCCUGUGCGGCCGCUGCUACCGCCUCAAGCACCUCUCGCCCACCGAGCCCAUCUUGUGGCUACGCAGCGUGGACCGCUCUCUCCUCCUGCAGGGUUGGCAGGACCAGGCCUUCGUGACGCCUGCCAACGUCGUCUUCGUCUACCUGCUGUGCCGCGACGUCAUCGAUGGGGACCUGGUGGCCACGGAGCACGACCUGCGGGCUGCGCUGCUCACGUGCCUCUACCUGUCCUACUCCUACAUGGGCAACGAGAUCUCCUACCCGCUCAAGCCCUUCCUGGUGGAGAGCGCCAAGGAGGCCUUUUGGGACCGCUGCCUGCGCAUCAUCGACACCAUGAGUGCCAAGAUGCUGCGCAUCAACGCUGACCCGCACUUCUUCACUCAAGUCUUUGCCGACCUCAAGAAUGAGGGUGGCCACCAGGACUUUGGCCGAGUGCUGGACCGCUGAGGGGCACGCCCAGUGCGCCCUGCCAGGUCUGCUUGAGUUCAGGAGGUGGGCUCGGUGGCACUGAAGACACCAUUCAAGUCCUUUCUUGUCCCUAAGACUCUCUGGACUGUGCAGCUGCACUGGGGUCUCCUGUCAUUCAGUGGGCCUGAGCAGUUGUGCCCGUGACGGGGGCAUGCGGAGCCUCAUCCUUUGGGUCUCGCUUCUCCUCACCCGCGGGCACGUGACGGCACGGCCCGCCACCAUGCUGCUGGUUUUUGUGCGAGACGGUGGUCGGUGCGGGGCGUCGUGGUACGCGACGAUGAGGCUGCUUGCGGUUGCCAUGACGACGUGGAUGUCUGCAUUAUUGGGGGAGGGGGGCUGUCGCCGGAGAUGCCGCAGGCCUCGGCACCCGCGUGCUUCUGCCCAGAUUUGUGACGCCUCGCUCGUGACCCUGAGUCGGCCUUUGAGGUCAUUGCCAGGGUCCUCUGCCUGUCACUGCGGGGCGAGCCCCCCCCCGAGAUUGGAGGGACGGCAGACGGGGUGGGGGAGGGGCGCUGGAGAUGACAGAUGUUCUUUGGGAAAAUAGCAUUAGACGACAAGUCGGUGACGUGUGCCCUCGCCUGGUAAUCUGUGGUAAGAGGAUGGCGAAGGGCAAAGGCGCUUCAUUGUCACGGCAGAGCCCCCCUGUGCAGUUUGUUGCAGCUCCCUUUGUCCCCCGUGCUGCCCGCAUGUGACCCCUGGCCUCGUGACAGAAGGCAUGGCGUAGACGUGAGACGAGGACGUGGAGGGCGCAGUCACCUCAGCUGUGAAUCUGCUCUGCUGACCCUUUAGGGUCUCGAUAAGCAUGUGACUUUGGCCCCCCCCACCCCCCCGCUUGUGUACGUUGGCUACUUUACGUUCCGUCGUUUUGUUAGUUGUUGUCCCCCCCCCCCGACACGUUUGAGCUAGUUUAGGACCCGUUAAGUUUACAGGGCGCGUCCACUAGGGGGUGCCAGAACACAAAGCCCCACACGUCUCUGGGGGCUUCAUGUCGCAUUGCACUUUGUGAAGGGCAGCCCACCUGCGGGCGCUCGCCGUGCCCAGUGCUCGUGACGCGGAUGGCGACUUUUGUAAAGUCACGCGCUUGUGCAGUUUUGGUAUCGAGACUUUCAUGUUUUUUUAUUUAUUUAUUUAAUAAAUGCUGGAAAGGA